AAUCGUCGCACGAGAAACACGUAACUUUAUCAGACUCUCGUACUUUUACUUUGAUUUAUCAGAAAGAAACGACAAGGAAUUGCCCCGUUUCGGUGAAUUUCAGUGAAAAAGUGCGGAAAACCCAGAAAAUUUGUGUGAAAUUGUGCUAAUCUACGUGAAAAAUGACAUGAAAACAACAUUAACAAGAAUACACUGUGACCUAAUCCCGUUUUGUCGUUAACUGUACGUUCCUUCCAUGUAAAUUCAUUCACUUCUUCGCACACAGACACACACGUUGCAUCGAUAGAGGCGCGUACCUGUGCUACCUGGCUAAUACUAUUAUUUAAAACCAAGCAUUCCAACUUGCAUACAGACAAGCAAACUUUAUCUCAUGCUUUCAAACAGCAACGCAACAACAACAACAAGAACAAAUGCAAAGCAAUUUUAUAUUUAAUAACAAUAAAUUUUGCUUGGAAAAGUUGAAAUGCGUUUGAGGAUUGAAAUUUAUUGUUCCUGUUGCUAUCAUUUGUAGCAAAAAAUUACAAUUCAAUUGAUGAAAGUUGGAAAAUUCCGAGAAAAUUGAACAAAAAAACUUUCAUUGAUGACAAAAAUCUGAUUCAUGAAAAAUUUUAUUGCAAAUUUGCAGAAUUAGGAAAGGAAAAGAGGACAUUCAACAAGUCGAACAAUGGAUCAUGCGGAUUUGGUUUCGGAAAUGGCUCAAGUCGAGCAUCUAUCCACUCAGGAUAGAUUACAUCUGGCACGAAUGCGACGUGCUCAACAACUGAAGAUAGCGAAGCAGAAAGAAAAGGAGUGGCAAAAGCAGCAAAAUCGUCGCGACAAGAAUUCCAAUAACAUAACGCAGCAGCAGCAACAACACAAGCGAAAUGUCUCCUUCGACGAGAGUGUCGUACUUUUGGAAGCUGCCGCACGCAACGACAUCAACGAAGUUGCCCGCCUCUUGCAAAAAGGCGUCACGCCCGACGCCACGAACAUGGAUGGCUUAACGGCGCUGCAUCAAUGUUGCAUCGACGACAACUCGGAAAUGCUAAAAUUACUCUUGGAUUAUGGCGCGAACGUAAAUGCGCAAGAUAGCGAGCGUUGGACCCCGCUGCAUGCCGCUGCCACAUGCGGUCAUCUGAAUCUCGUGAAGAUUCUCAUUAGUCGCGGUGCGAAUUUGCUUGCGGUAAAUGCCGACGGAAACAUGCCUUAUGACAUUUGUGAUGACGAGGAGACCUUGGACUACAUCGAAAGUGAGAUGUCGCGACGUGGCGUGACGCAAAACUUGAUCGAUGAGACGCGUGCGGCAACGGAAACGCGCAUGCUGAACGAUUUGCAGGAACAAGCGAAGCUCGGGAGUGACUUGGAGAUGCCAGAUCGGCAUGGAGCGACGCCAUUACAUAUUGCAGCGGCGAACGGGUAUGUUCGUGUCGUGGAAUUUUUGCUUGAAAGACAAGUUUCGACAGAUGUCGUUGAUGAUGAUCUGUGGACUCCGGCACAUGCAGCAGCAUGUUGGGGCCACUUGGAAAUCCUGGAAAUUCUCUGUCAAGCCGGUGCCGAUUUAAAUGCCAAAAACAAGAACGACGAAAGUCCCGCAGACAUUUGCGAAGACCCCGAAAUCCGCGAACGCAUCGAGCAGUUACGCAGCGAACAGGAAACGAAACGCUUAGCGGAGGCACAACGAAAACGCGUUAGACGCUCGCAGAGCAACAACACACGAACGCAAUCGGUACGUCGCACUUCGUUGCGUGACAAGACGCUAACUUCGAAGAAAGAUGCCGUCGAGGAGGCACGAUUUCGCUUUCAAGCUCAGGAGGUUUAUGACACUCCCGAUGCUCCAAAUGGCACAACAGUCGCUGCUCCAUCCACGAAUCAAGCGGAAUCUGAUGCCACAGUCUCGUCAACCACACUCCGUCCCAUGUCCAUUCCAAAUAGCAACCUGCAAAGUACAACAACAACGUCAGGCACGACAAGUUCACAAAUUCAACCGACGACGACGACAACUAACAACAACAACGGACCCGUGCUGAGUAACGGGCGCACGAAUAAUUUGUUGAACAACAAUCAGGAUCCGUAUAACGGUUCGUCGCGAAAUUACUACAACGGCGAUGGCACGAAUAGCUUAAAUCGGUUGGCGCCCGAGGGGAAAGACGCGGAUUUGGUGAAAGAUGAGGCGAGAAAUAACAAUAACAAGAUGGGUGUGAAUGAGGAUGGCGCGGUAAUUCCGCCGGCGGAAGUUUUUUCCACAAGUAGCAAUGAGAAUGGGAAGAUUAAUGUUCAAGUUACGGUUUUGUUUGACAAGAAAAAUAACCAAAUCGGCUUUGAUGAAUUAAAUGCAGGCACGCUGGCUGACUUGAAGAAGCAUCGUUCGCAAUCCCGCUCAAGUGCAAGUCCGGAAAACGGUUCGCUCGUAACGGCGGCAUCCGCCAACAACUUGAACAGUAUUUUAACGACGCCGACGCCCGCAACCCUAAAUGGCGACGUCAUGGAAUUGGGUGGCUUACGAUCAUCCGGAAUGCCCGGCGGCGACAUUUCGCAACGCAUUCCCAAAUUUACCGGAACGCCGGGCGACGUUGUGGAAGACAGCACACGUUCGCGUCGCUGUUGUGUGAUCAUGUGAACAAACAGAGGAAGCAAAAAAAAAUAUUAUGGACUGAUAUCAUAACUUAAAUUUAUAACUAUAGGGUAGAAAAUUAAGUAAUGCACGUAGGAAAUGUAAGAAAUACGUAACACGACGAGAAAAAAAAUGAAGAAACAAACGGAAAAUAAAAGCAAUUGUACUUAAAAUAUUAUGAAAAAGUAGAUACAAAGAAACGCCAUAAGCAACACAGACAAGCAAGUGAAUGUUAAAAAAAAUUACUUAAAUGUAGCAGACUUAAAAAUUUAUGUAAAACUUAAUGUUAACAGAGAAUAUCAACAAAAAAAUAGACUGUUCUGGAGACUUUUCUUUAAGAAAAAAAAAUCAAAUUA